AUGGUGUCUUCAUCUGGUUUGGAAAGUGGACGUCGAAAUUGUCAUGAUAGUUGUGCCAUGCAGCCCGUGGUGCAUCAUGUGGAGCUCUGUGUUGCGGAUUGGGAAGCAUGUCUUAAAGCACUACGCAGCUAUGGUUUCACCCUUUUUGCAAAGAGGAUAACACCAUUUUGCCAACAAUGGGCUGCCAGACUUGGAAAGAUUAUCUUUGUGCUUACCCAAAGACAAGCGGAUUAUGUUAAUCACAGCAUUUGGAAUGAGAGAACUGUUCGUGCUGAGCCAUUAACCGUCAUGUGUUGCGAAGACCAAGAAACACAUCGAGUUGACACUGUGGUCAACGUCUCACUGGCAGUGAGAAAUGUUAGUGCAGUUACAGAAAGGAUAAAAGCUAACGGUGGUUCUGUUAUUCAGCCAGCCACUAAAAUUGAAGAUCAAACUGGAGAUAUUUCUUUUUCCAUAGUCCGUUCGAUCGUUGGCGAUGUUGUGCACACAUUAAUAAAUGUUGAUAACUACAAAGGUGUUUUUCUACCUGGAUUUGAACCCGUGGAAUCUAGUUAUGACUCCGAAUUACAUGUUGACCUGAAUAACAGUGUUACACACAUCGAUCAUGUCACCCUUGCAGUAACCCCUGGAAAUUCACAGGAAGUUAUAUCCUUUUAUGAAUCAUGUUUUGGAAUGGAACGUUUUGCAAUUAGCAGCAGUGACGAUAUUGAUGAUGGCCUCAUACUUGAAGAUUCUAUUGGCCUUAGAUUAAAAGCGAUGGAGUACUUCCGGUGCUCAGAAUUAGGCUUAACUUAUCCAGCAUCAUCUAGAAACCGUCAAAGAAAUAAAAAUUCAGUCAUGUUAGUUGUCGUUGAAUCGCUCCCUGGCCAAACAAACUGCAACGUGGAAACCUUCUUGCGGGAACAUGAAGGUCCUGGAGUUGAACAUAUUGCCUUUUCAUGUAAUAACAUGAUGGAGACAGUUGAAAAAAUGAUUUCCCUUGGUGUCAACUUUAGAAAACCUCCAACAGCUUACUACAAUGAACUGAAAAAACAGCGUCAAAUUCAAGAAAUCGGCGAAGACUUGAACACUCUAGAAAAAUUGGGCAUUCUUUUAGACAAUGAAGUCGAACCAAUGUUCGCUGAAGAUGACUGUUCAAAGUAUUUGAUGCAAAUGUUUGCCCACCCACUUUUCAGUAGAAAAACAUUCUUUAUUGAAAUAAUAAAAAGAUCUGGUGCAAGGGGACUAGGGUCUGGCAAUGUAAUCGCUUUGGUGAAGAGUAUCAGAGAGGAAGAAAAGAGAAAAGCAGCAGAGAAGAAAAAAGCUUCUCUAAAUCAAGAAGAGCUCACUAGUCCCAGACGCCUCUACUAG